AUGCGAGCAUCCCAUACUUGGAGCCGAACAAGCCCCACGAAACCUCCCUACGCUCAGAAAGCGAGGGCGGUGGAGACGGCUAGGAAUCGCCUCCGAAGCGACCAGAGAUUUCCCCGAUGGGGGGCAGCGCUCUCCCACGAGCCGCGUCUGCGGCCCACGGGCGCCCCUUUCACCGGCUCCCGCCAACCUCCCUUACCCCAGAGGGCCGAUGUUGCCCGGGGCUUGGGGACCGAGACGCGGCCGCCGCUGCACUUCGGGCACCGCAGGCAGGUGUCGGAACCAGUGCCCCCAGGAGCCCCGGGACGGCGGGACGGCGGCCUGCGAAGGCCGUUUGGUUCAAAGGCAGCCUCUCCCACCAGCCGGAUUCGGGGCAGGGGUCGCGACUUCCGGUGCUUGGUUCGCUCCGGCUCCCGGAAGGCGGGCGCGCCUCAGGACCUCGCCUGGCCACGCACAGUGGCCCUUCGCGGAAGCGGCUGCGGAGCCGGGUGGAGUGCGAAAUGGUGGACCCGCGGGCUCACGUCGCGGAAGGGUAGGCCUUCCCCGCCUUUCGCAGGCCUCGGGCCGCGGACCCGGGUUUCCAUGGCAGCCGCGGGGGGGGCGGGUGGGGGCGCGAACUCCGCCCGAGAGACGUUCCCGCGGGAUUUGGCGGGUGCCGCCUCUUGCUCGGCGAGUUACUCCUCCUGCUGCAUCCCGGGACACCCGUGCCAGCCCCUCCUCCAGGUCGAAGGCUGGUGGUGCAGCUCGACCGCGCCGUCCUCAGGGUCCUCGACUUCUCCAGAAUCACGUGUCUCCUCUUUCCCGCGUACCCUUGAAAGCAAGGAUACUGCCAACACCCAGCUUAGCGAGUUUAGCAGGGGCGCAGGAAAUGUCGAAACAGGAGACAUGGAGAACAGCCGAUCAACAUCUCUCCGCAGUAAUCCCCUGCGCACCUGAAGACAGCUGUGAAUGCUUGAAGAUUUGCUGAGACUAAGCUGGACAUAGAUAUUGAGUUGAGGUCCAAAUGUGUGUAAAUCUGUGCCUGGGUGCAAUUGCUGAGUUAUGAAGAGGCACCCCACACAUCUCUUCACCCCCUUGGGAAGCUGGAGCCGUAGGUCUUGUCUUUCCCGACUACAGUUAGGGAGUGAGUCUCCUCUUUCUGACACAAGUCUGGAGCAGGAGUGGGAGGAGGAGGACAAUGUAAGCAGGGGCUGGGAGGGGCCGUGCUUAUGGCACUCUGCUGGCGCAAAAGAGCUGAGCCUAGGCACUGAUAAUGUUGAGCAGUUCAUUAGCACCUACUGUUGACUGCAGCGAGUUCUUGCUGAGUUCACAGUGGCCGUAGUGCCUAAUCCAGUAGGCGCUUUUCAAUCCUCAGCUUCCUGGACGGCCCUGCAACAUUUGUCAUCCUUUCCUAUUUUGGAGUGACGCAGAUUAUUGUGCAGUUUUUGAGUACUGGAGCCAGAAUGCCUGGAUUCGAGUCCUGGCUCUGCCAUUUGCCAGCUGCAUGACCUUGAGCUAGUUGAUUAACUGGUCAGUUUCUUCAUCUUCAUCUAUAAAAUAAAAUUGAUAAUAGUACUAUCUUAGUAAGUUGUUUGAAAAUUAAAAAAAAAAAAUUGUGUAAAUCUCUUAGCACAGGAGAGAGCCAGAGUAAGAAUUCAAAAUAUCUUUUAAAAACUCUUCUCCAUUGAUUUCUAGGACAGUGGCUCUUCUCCCACCUGUUAGACCACUCCUUCUGUGCCUCUUUUGCCAACCCUCUUGUUUCACACAUCCAUGAAAAAUUGGCAGUUCCCUUAAGAUUCCAUCUAUGAUCCUCUGCUUUUCUCAUGUCAUAUAACCUCCUAGGUAUAACCUUGGUCUCAAUUACUAUGUACACACUGAUCCCUUGCAAACCUUUAUCUCUAGGCUAAGUUCUCAUUGUAGAUAUCUCUAUCUGGAUAGUCCAAGGCUCCUUAAAUUCAAAAGAUUUAAAGCCAGGACUUCCACCCCUGGCUAUGACAGAGUAGAAAUUGGUACCAGACUACCCAUCCACCAUUUAAAAAAAAUCACUAAACUGGGCAAAAUAUAUGAGUCGACUAUUUCAGGCAGCACAAGUGUGUGGCCCCUAAGAGAAGAGAAGCUCAAGAGGUGAGCCCCAGAAUCACUCUGGCUCUUUAUCUGAGGGCAAUUUCCUGACCAGGAAGCAGUGAGUUGGAGGACCAACUGAGCUAAUAAGCAAGCAGAGACUGGAGUUUGGGGCAGCUGAGCAGCUGGAAUCUGCAAGGUAGGGCACUGGAGAGGAAGGAGCUUUGUAGAGGGACAGCUCCAACCUGGUAGGAGUCUCCUGUGGGUAUUUGGCUGAGAGCUGGGUUGCACAUGUGUAAGGUAAGACUAUCCAAAGAUUACCUGAUACCAGUUUCUGUGUUGAAAGCCACUCAGUAAUAUUAGAAUUCAAGCAGUGGCGGGGCUCAUUGGAGUUUUGGCUCAGCCUGAGUGGAAAACCACAUUAACACUUUGUUAAUAAAAUCUCAGGCAUCCAACUGGGGCACCAGAAAGAUCACAUUUUAAAAGUAAGGACUGUUCUAGAAAAAUAUUUUUCAAAUAGCUUUCUUUAGACCAGCAGCGUCAGUAUCACCUGGAAAUUUGUUAGACAUACUGUUGAAAAUGCAAAUUCUAGGGUCCCUCACCAGACCUACUGGAUCAGAAACUCAGGGGAAGAAGCCCAGAAAUUUGUGUUCUAACAAGCUCUCCACAUGAUUCUGAUGCAUACUAAAGUUUGAGAAGCACUUCACUGGAGGAGGAACCACACUGGACCAGCCCAUCAAAGCCUAAAGCCGAGCCAUGACGUGAUCCACAGGGAAACAGAAUUUAAAAGUUGAGCACACCAACUUAGAGGGGCUUGGGAAGGUAUCUUGGACUUUCCAAAUAUCUGCCCUAACAAAGCAAAAGAAUAACCCUAUACAAGUUCAAAGUGGCCAGACAAUAAUUGAACUAUUAGAACAAAAAUCAGAACUCUCCAGAGGAAGAUAACAAAAUCUAGAACCCAGAAUUUCUGCAAUGUAUCACCCGUAGCCUCUAGUAUUACAAUAAAAAAUCACUAGACAUGCAAAAAAAAAAAAAAAAAA